GGCCCCAGGAGCCGGCUCCGCCCCGUUGUUCCCGCUAGAAAAGGGCAGAGAGCGCCACCCAGCAGCCACUGGGUUCCCGCGUGUCCUGAGACCCUGGAGCCUUGCGCUCCCACGACCCGGCAGCAUGGCCGUCAAGAAGAUCGUGAUUUUCGGCGCCACCGGCAGGACCGGGCUCACCACCCUGGCACAGGCGGUGCAAGCAGGUUACGAAGUGACCGUGCUGGUGCGGGACUCCUCCCGGCUGCCGUCCGAGGGGCCCCGGCCAGCCCGCGUGAUUGUGGGCGACGUCCGGCACGCGGCAGAUGUGGACAAGGCCGUGGCUGGGCAGGAUGCUGUCGUCGUGCUGCUGGGCACCGGCAAUGACCUCAGUCCCACCACGGUGAUGUCCGAGGGCGCCCGGAACAUCGUGGCAGCCAUGAAGGCUCAUGGCGUGGACAAGGUCGUGGCCUGCACCUCGGCCUUCCUGCUGUGGGACCCGGCCAAAGUGCCCCCACGACUGCAGGACGUGACCGAUGACCACAUCCGGAUGCACAAGGUGCUGCAGGAAUCCGGCCUAAAGUAUGUGGCUGUGAUGCCACCACAUAUAGGAGACCAGCCGCUCACCGGAGCCUACUCAGUGACCCUGGAUGGACGAGGGCCCUCGAGGGUCAUUUCCAAGCACGACCUGGGCCACUUCAUGCUGCACUGCCUCACCACUGCUGAGUACGAUGGGCACAGCACCUACCCCUCCCACCAGUACGACUAGGACUCUGGCCCCAUCCAGGAGGAUGGCAUGUGGGAAAUGAGGAACAGAGGAAGGGAGCAAUAAAUUUUGAGCCAAGAGCUUCAAAUUGUUCUAGAA